UCCUCUUAGUAAAAGGUUCAGACCGAGUCAUCUCAAAUAUUUAAUACUGUGUGUCAUUACGUAACUAUGAAAUGAACUAUGUGCUUCUUAUGCAACAUUUUCACACACGGCUAUUGUUAAGAUAGGUGUGUAUCCAUCACUACUUUACAAACCUGUCCUUUGUGUAUUUAACCUGUUUGUUCAGUCAUUCGAGGGUUAGGCCAACAGAUGUUAAAGCAGGCAGUGAAUAUCUUUAAGAUCUCUGCUAAGCCGUUUGUGGUUGGAAGAACGCUUUACACUUUGAGAAUCACCUUUGAUGAGAGACUGCACAAUGCAAGUGCCGUGGAACUUCAGAUUUGGAAUAGUCAUUCUUGGGGACUCAGCUGUAGGAAAGUCUUCUCUCCUGCAUCGCUUUACUGAAGGGACGUUUGAUCAAUCCAGACAGUCUCCACUGGGAAUUGAUUUCAAGGUGCAUAAUAUGAACUUGGAUCCUGAUAUUGUGAUCAAACUGCUUCUUUGGGACACUGCAGGUCAGGAGAGAUUCAGGUCCAUUUGUAAAUCUUACAUGAGGAAUUCUGUGGGCUGCAUUCUGAUGUUUGAUGUCUCACAGCGACUGACGUUUGAUCGUGUCGCCAGCUGGCACCAGGAAGUUUUGGACUAUGUGAAACCAAACCCAAUGUUCUUUCUGCUCGUAGGCCAUAAAUGUGACCUGGCUGUGGGACGACAGGUUAGAAAGAGCGAAGGAGAAGCGCUGGCUAAAAAACUCAACAUGGUGGCGUAUCUUGAGGUGUCUACAAAAGACAAUAUUAAUGUUAGAGAAGCAUUUGAAACUCUGACCAGAGGUAUAUAUGACCUCUUCCAGCAAGGCAAAAUACCUACCCGGGAUGACUGGCAUGGGUUAACGGUUGGGGCGGCCGUUAAAGAUGAGCCACCAGCGACCAAAAAGUCUUCAUGCUGCAAUUGAGGAUGACUUUAAAGACUCUAGACAAACACUAUUAAUGGAUAAUAUGAUGUAACAAAUUGUCCUACCAAAGUAUUUUUGCACAUGUAUAGGCUUUUAGUUCACCUAAAUAAAUAACUUCUGUCACCAGAGAUGUUAUGCAGAAUGUUAGCCUCAGUCACCAUUAAUUAUCAUUUGUAUGGGUGAAAAAAAUACCUAAAUUACGUUGGUGAAUAAUGACUGCAGUAUAAAGAACAGACUACACAUUUGCACACAUGGCCAUUAUUCCCACAGGGUCUCUGUAUCGGUUUCUGUCUAUUUCUAGUGUGUGUGGUUCAGAUUAUGGCAUAAUAAGAGGAAAUUGCAAUUGCACACCUGCUCAGAGGAAACUGAAUUUUUUUAGUUUGACAAAACAUCAGGUGCAGAUCAACUGACUGAAAUUUCAAAUCUGUUCAAAUGAGCGAAAUACAAUGUGUAUUCACUGUUAUUGCUCACAAUGCCACUCAUUGUUUAUUUGGAUACAUUUACGAUUAUUUUACUAUUUCACUAAACACCUAAACAUAUUGCCAUGUACGGUACAAUCAUAAAUUGGCUCAAGGUGCACAAGAUGGCGCCGGUGAGCUUUUGCCAUGUGUGCAAGUUUUGAAACUGAGUGUGUACAUUACAUUAUAGUGUAAUUAACAAUGAACAAUUGUAUAUUUAAACGAAACAUUAACCUAGAUUAAUUGAUGUUAUCAAAUCUGUAUCGGAAUUUUGCAUUAUUUAGGCUGUUUCUGAUGUUUAUUUUUAUGGUUAUUGGUUUCUACCUUCAUAGGCGUAGAUUUAACUGCAUACUGUAACGUGUUGAAAGGAUAUUUAUUGUUAUAAUCUACCUAAUAUCAAAUGUUGUGUCAUACAUUUGACGGGCUUGUAAUGUCUUGCAGUGAGAGCUGUUCCUGAAUGUUUACUAAAUGGGGGAGAAUGUGUGCAGUAGGGGUUCACUGUUGUUUCAAGUAAGGUUUUCCAAUCAAUUACAGAGUGUACAGCGUUGCUGUGGACAACGACAGCUUCAAAUAAACACACUGUUUAUGAGAUCAGCCUCGUAGAUUUUCAUUGCAACGUAACAAUACAUUUGAAUUCAAUCGCUUUCUGUAAACAGCUCAUAAUGUGCAAUUAUCAGCUGUCUCUGACGGGCGACUGGCGGAACCGGAAGUCGAUAUGACCACUCUCGCUAAACAAGAAAUCAAACAUGGCGUCUUGUGCAACUUUUUUUACAUUUUUUAUUAUUAUUAUUAUUAUUAUUAUUUUAUUGCUUGAAUGAAAAAACAAAGAAGCCAAAGUUAAACAUAAAACUUAAUACAUUCAGUCAAAGCUAAAUAGCAGCACAAACAAAAAAUAUGCAUAAUAAACGUAAGGUAAAUGACAAAAAUAAUAAUGAACAAAAGCAUCUUGUGCAACUAGCCAAAUGCAGUGCUGACCCUGCUUUGGAGCAAAAAGAUUAUCAAAAAAAUUAAAUUAAUGUUGUACAAUUUUAAGCAUAAUAGCCCCAAAACAAUCUGGCCAAUUGUAUUAGACUAAAUCUUUUUGCUCAGAUAAGAAUUUAAAUAAGAAUCUCCAGUUUACAAACUCAUUUGAAUCAUUUCAAAUACCAUGAAAUUAUAUGCAUACACUUAUGUAAUCAACACUUUCCAACCUUAAACUUUGUACUUUGCUGUUUAGCUGUAUUAUAUCUGUAUUAUCUG